UGGCUUUAUUCGAAAAGGAGACCGGGGGUGCAAUAGUCCAACACGAAAUCACCGCGUGUAGAUCACCGGAAAGAAUCUAAUGCAACUGGGUAUUGCCGGUUAGCCAGUAACCACCAACUCCGCACGUCAAAUAUCCAUAUGACGAAAUUUCAUCCAGGCUUUCAUGGAAACUGCUUCUUCUACUUCGACAUCUCGUAGGCCAUUUCUCCGUUCAUUUCGCUGUAGUUUUUUGGGUCGCUGUUGUCGCUGUUUCUGUUGCUGCUACACCUAUCCAUAGAAAACCAAGUUUUCCAAAUUUCGAGUACCAAAAUUUUAAAAAACAAAUUUUUUUUUCCUUUGAUUUUUGUUGGGAUUUUUAUGGAUUUUUCGAAUGCUCAACCGGGUCUUUCUCUAGGGUUUAACACUCAUGCUUCACCACCUUCCCCAAUCACCUUCGAAACCAAGUUUCGCGGUUCGUUGAGCUCGAACACCUCUGUUCCUUUCCAAUUGCUAGAGCAAAACGAGGAGAAAAUUAGGGUUGAAAAUGGAGAUCAUCAAGAAGAAGAAGAAGAAGAAGAAGAAGAAGAAACAGAAGAAGAUGAGAAAUUUAGCCUUUUGGGGCAUCGUCUGCGCCUGAACAUGAAAAGGCAGAGAGAAGGGUCAUUACCGUUCUCUGGAAACCCUCCUGCCAAGUGUAUAGUGGUCGAAUCGUGCAUGGAGGACAGAAGGAAGGCGGUUCGUGCCUGGGGGAACGAGUCCCUAAAAGUUGCGGACCCGGAAAUUCACGAAAUCAUGGAAAAGGAGAAGCAGAGACAGUUCAAAGGGAUCGAAUUGAUAGCUUCAGAGAAUUAUGUGUGCAAGGCUGUGAUGGAAGCUCUGGGAAGCCAUUUGACGAACAAGUACUCUGAAGGAAUGCCCGGGGCUAGAUACUAUACGGGUAACCAGCAUAUCGAUCAGAUUGAACUGCUCUGCUGCCAGCGUGCUUUGGCUGCUUUUGAUCUUGAUUCUGAGAGAUGGGGUGUGAACGUUCAGCCUUACUCUUGCACAUCUGCAAAUUUUGCUGUCUUCACUGGGCUUCUGCAACCGAAAGAUCGGAUUAUGGGUUUGGAUUCUCCAUCUGGAGGACACUUGAGUCAUGGCUAUUACACACCAAGUGGGAAGAAGGUUUCGGCUGCAUCGAUAUUCUUCGAGAGUCUUCCUUACAAAGUCAACCCGCAAACAGGGUAUAUUGAUUAUGAUAAGCUCGAGGAGAAGGCACUUGAUUUUCGACCCAAGAUACUUAUUUGCGGUGGCAGUUCAUACCCCAGGGAAUGGGAUUAUGCUAGGUUUCGGCAGGUUGCGGAUAAAUGCGGAGCAGUGUUGAUGUGCGACAUGGCUCAUAUUAGCGGUCUAGUGGCGGCUAAGGAAUGUGCAAGUCCGUUUGAUUACUGUGAUGUUGUAACAUCAACGACUCACAAAAGCCUGAGAGGUCCUAGGGGAGGUAUUAUCUUUUAUAGAAAAGGCACAAAAUCAAGGAAGCAAGGGUUUCCUACUCAUGGAGACAGUAACGGCCAUUAUGAUUUGGAGGAAAAGAUAAACUUUGCUGUUUUCCCAUCACUGCAAGGGGGUCCACACAAUAACCACAUUGCCGCACUUGCAAUUGCCUUUAAACAAGUAGCCACUCCAGAAUACAAAGCAUAUAUGCAGCAGGUGAAGAGAAAUGCACAGGCUUUAGCAUCUGCUUUGUUAAGAAGAAAGUGCAGAUUGGUGACAGGGGGUACUGACAACCACUUGUUGCUCUGGGAUUUAACUGCUUUUGGCUUAACAGGCAAGAAUUUUGAGAAGGUCUGUGAGAUGUGUCAGAUUACUCUCAACAUAUGUGCUAUAUUUGGUGACACUGGUGCAAUUUCCCAUGGAGGUGUGAGAAUUGGUACUCCAGCUAUGACAUCAAGAGGAUGUCUAGAGGCUGAUUUUGAGACAAUAGCUGACUUUCUUUAUAGGGCAGCCCAUAUUACUGGUCUUGUCCAGAGAGAUUAUGGAAAACAGCUGAAAGAUUUUGUCAAAGGUCUUCAAAAUAAUAAAGAUAUUUUAGAGCUCCGAAAUCGAGUUGAGAUGUUUGCGUCGCAGUUUGCUAUGCCAGGAUUUGAUUCUUAAAAUAAGACGAAAGGGACACACCCUUGCAUGCAAUCCUGAGGUGUCAUUAUCUUGCUUCUGCGGUUUAACAUCACUUUGCAUGGUAACCAUUAAAUUUUUUCUUCUACACCUCCUUUUUCCGGUUUGUCUUCUGGAAUCAUAUCAAAAUGAAUCAGAAAUCCAGAAAUCUCCAUGUGUUACCAAAAUUUAGAAAGCAUGAAAAUACUGGCCUGCUAGCCUGACUUUUUUUUUUUUUUUUUUUUUUUUGGUAUAAAUUUACACGGAGUCGUAUGUUUACUUAGAUACAUCAUCAUCAUCUUUUAACUGGAAUGAACAGAAAACUUUGUGAUUCAGUAGAGCUACAUCUGUAUUUUUAUUUCUAUUAUUAUCUUUCUAAUGCAAUAUUCUCUGUAUAUUUUUUA